AUGGCUGGUGAACUGGGCAAAUCGGAGGCGCUGGAGAGGCGCCGGCCCGACUACAUCCGCAACGCGGCCACGGGUGGCCCGUCCGGCCGGUUCAGGGACGUAGACGGCGCCGAGGCCAUGUCGGCCGAGGAGGCGGACCAGCGCGUGCGCGGUCUGUACCGGCGGCUGCGCGGCGCCGACCACUAUCGCUCGCUGCCGGCGCUGGCCGCCGAGCCGUCGCCGCCGGCGCCGGUCGAGCCGGGCACGCAGGUCACCGAGCACUGGCGGAUCCGCCGGCCGAUCAACCACUUCGACGCCGAGAUGACGGUGGCGGCCAUCUGUGACGAGCUGCGCGCCCGACUGCUGGCUCAGGACGAGUGUCUGGACGAGCCGCUCCGCUCCGACCUACAGAAGUACGUGGACUUCAUCGGCGCGGCCUGCCUGGACGCCGAGGACGAGCAGAUGAAGCGCACGAUGGCCGAGAAGGUGAUGCGCCUGCUGACGCAGCGCCAGACGGCCGAUUGUGCCCCCUCCAGCCGCGGUACCUGGCAGGAGCGUUCGGAGCCGAGCGUGCUGUCUCGGGCCCGGUCGGCCAGCUCCAGCCGUGAUCGCCGCUCGGUCGGCGACCCCAGGUAA